AUGGAAAUCAAGGCAUCUGAGUGGAUGUUCCGCCUUCUGCACAUGAAAAUAAUAGUUGUCGCGAUAUUCGGGCAAGCACUUGAGAAUGUGUGGUGUUGUCGUAGUGUUUGUGUUCGAAAGCGGGGAAAAGAGCAGAAUCAAGCAAAUCAGACGGCUCCCGCUUUGACCGGUUCGACAGAUAAACACGAACGUCCAUCGUGUAACUGCUGCUUCUACCCACUUAAGAACACUUGGGGAAUGGUCAUCGACUGCGCUAUAAAAAAUCCCCUAUAUAUAAUCAACUCUCUAGAAGAAUGGUCUCAGCUUCAGACGAAAGCAGAACAGUGCGUGAACAAAAUGUGA